AUGCCCUCCAUAAAGCUGCAACCACACUGCUUGAGUCCGGGAAAAGCAACUGCAACUGCCUCAACGCCGAACAAUCCCCUCCCAGCACUCCUCCAAACACCUUCGGGCCUAGCCCUUCUCGAGCUCCAGGGCACAAUCAAUGUCCCCUCAGGGAGUGAAGACGAAUAUGACAUAGACCACUCUACAUCUAUGGAUAAUGAUUCGGCCUCCACAUUCGAAACUCCGAUCGGGAAACUCAUGUUCCCAGAUUACUCGGUCCACAACCCAGACGAUACAAAAUGGAUGAAGCGCGCUUACAUGUAUGUCGGCCGGUAUCAGCGGAUGACUGGGGAAGUUAAGAAGCUGCCACGGCCGAUUGCUGUGCUACAAAAACGUCAAGCGUCAGAGGGCGAGGAACUGGAGGUUGUGGAGAUUGUGCGCUAUAAGAUCUUCUUUAAGAGUCGGCCAGAGCCCGUGACCAAUGUUUGA